AUCCCUUAAAUAUAAUAUGAGAUACAAAAUAAAGUUGACAUAAAGUUACAAUAGAAUUUCAACCCUAACUUUAAACGUGAAGCAAGUUUUGUAAGAGCUCUUCAGUGUUUAUCCAAUUCUCACGUCCCAAAUCGAUGAUUCUGUGGUUCUCGUCCGUCCAUCCAGGCUUAGGGUGGUCCAUCCAUCACUGCUUCUUUCUACACUAUAUAUGUGGGCCGCUGCAUUAGCUUCUGCACAUAUGCUAUUUUCUCCAAUACAGCACACACAGAUGGGAAAGCUUACCUAUAUGUGAGCCGUUGCAUUAGCUUCCGCACAAAUGCUAUUUUCUCCAAUACAGACCGCUUGAGAGGGAAAGACGGCUGCUCUGUGAUCAACCCUAGUUGCUGGUCUUGCUCCCGCUACUGUCUGAACUGCCAAUGGGAAAGCUUACCAUAGCGUUAAUGUUGGGGGCAUUGGCAGCGGCGCUGAUGAACAUGCUGGUGCUUGGGUCAAACGCAGAAGUUCAACGGCAACGGCUCAAUUCCUGCCUGGGAAAGGAAAGGCUAACCAGGCUUCGUUUCUAUCUCCAAGACCUGGUGGGUGGUGAAAACAAAACUGUUUGGCGAGUGGCCCAAUGCAAUCUCACUGACGUUUUGCCCUCAGAAUUUGGGACUGUGUCCGUGCUGGACAACUUGGUAACAACUGGUCCUGAAAUCGACUCCCAAGAAGUGGGUCGAAUGCAGGGGCUUAUUGGGCUUGCGGAUUUACACGAGAUGGCCCUGGCUAUGCUCCUCAACAUCGUUUUCACGGAAGGGGAGUAUAAGGGGAGCACGCUCAGCAUUCUGGGGAGGAAUAACUUGUACGAUGAGAUAAGGGAAGUGCCGAUCGUUGGAGGUACGGGCGCUUUCAGAAUGGCACGUGGAUAUGUUAUUACCAGGACUUACUCUACGGAUGAAACACACUUCCGUAGCGUUUACGAGUAUGACCUCGUGAUCUUUCAUAUGGAUGAAGAUAAUGAUGUUACAAGGUUGAAUUCUGAUUAAAAUUCGUUAGAGCAAAUGUGCUGGUUUUGUGUGGUUGGAUCAUGUGUAAUGUUAGCCAAUCGUUUUCGUUUCUUUUUUGUUGUUUGAUUAUGUAUGAUUGUAUAAUAAAUACAACAAUUUGUUGA